CAGAGGAUGUGUACCGACUGUAAAGCCCUCUGAAGCCAAUUUGUAAUUUGCGAUUUUGGGCUAUACAAUAUAAAAUCAAUUCAUCUGAAUUUAACUUAAAAUUAGAAAAAUGACUUAAUGUAAUAAGAUACAGUUCAACACAUUCCAUUUUAAAGAGGCUGUUCUUAGUUAAAAUAGUGUGGCUGUUGUGUUAAAUACGCAUGUAUGCACUAUUUAAGGGGCACAUCUGUGUAUAUAUGUUGAUAUACGAGGCUCGUAAGUGACUCGGAGGACUCCUCAUGGGGCGGACGGUUUUCCGUCUACUCAGCAGAGAGACUUCCCAUUUCAGUCCUCCGGUGUCCGCGAGCUCCUCGUGUCUCCGACGCUCCCAACGACACCACUUCCUCCGGAAAGAAGUGAAAGAAAACUUCACUUUCACCGCCGGCGAGCGGGGCGACUGCUGGAUCUCUGCCGGAGAAGUGAACGCGACUUCCCGCUGACGACGCGAUCGGGAGCCGCUGAUCGACGCGGUGGUUUCUGGAGGGGUGGGGGGGGGGGGUUAGUGUCCCGAUAACUGUGUUUGUUUAACACGUGUAAGAACCAACAGUGGUGGAGAGUAUCCUGGAUUCUGAACGGUUCAGUCGCCCGCUGGCUUGAAAGUGCUUCAGCGAGAAGUAGCAUCACCAUGGAGACGGUCAUCAGCAGCCCCGCUGAGCGGAACCAAUCGACGCCGUUCGUCACCAUCUUCAACUCUAGCUGCCGCUUUGACGAGGAGUUCAAAUACAUCCUGCUGCCCGUGUCCUACAGCCUGGUGUUUGUGGUCGGCCUGGUGCUCAACGCUGCGGCUCUGGGGUUGUUCCUGAAGAUGCGUCCGUGGAACCCCAGCACAGUGUUCAUGUUCCAUCUGGCCCUGUCCGACUUCCUGUACGUGCUCUCCCUCCCCACCCUCAUCUACUACUACGCCAACCGCAGCGACUGGCCUUUCGGAUUGGCCGCUUGCAAAAUCGUGCGCUUCCUCUUCUACGCCAACCUCUACUGCAGCAUCCUCUUCCUCACCUGCAUCAGCGUGCACCGCUAUCUGGGCAUCUGCCACCCAAUCAAGACGCUGACCACCGUGAAGUCCCGCCAUGCCCACCUGGUGUGCGGCACGGUGUGGGCUGUGGUGAGCGUGUGCCUGGUGCCCAACCUCAUCUUCGUCACCACCUCCAGGAGGGAGAAUGACACCCUGUGCCACGACACAACCAGCCAGGAGGCCUUCGAGGAGUAUGUGGACUACAGCUCCGUCGUCAUGGUGCUCCUGUUUGUAAUCCCUUUCCUGGUCAUUGUGGCGUGCUACUGCUUGAUGGCGCGCACCCUGUGCCAACCCAGACGCGGGUUACCUGCCGGCCGCCAGGGCGCCGCCUCCCACCAGAAGUCCAUCAAGCUCAUCGUGGUGGUGCUGGUGGUGUUCGCGUUGAGCUUCGUCCCGUUCCACGUCACGCGGACGCUCUACUACACCGCCCGCGUGUUAGGCCGUAACUGUGAAUACCUCAACAUCGUCAACUUUACGUACAAGAUCACCAGGCCGCUGGCGAGCAUCAACAGCUGUAUCGACCCCAUCCUUUAUUUCCUGGCCGGGGAUCACUACCGGUCCAGAAUGAUGUCCGUCCUGACGGGAGGAAGGCCGAAGACAAGCGUCCAGGCACGAGAACAGGAACAAACCCGGCUGAGCAACAAACAUGACAUCGAGCUGGUCUUUAAGAACCCUUAAGCAAGUGAAGAUUUGAAGAGAUAGUGGGAAAACUGUUGGACGAGACAAGUAUUAAACAUGUAUUCAAGGCGUCUAGUCCUGGCUAAGCUAACGUUCCCAUUAGCACAUACAGAUGCACCGGGUUGAUUAUUUUUGCUGCGGUGACGACAGGAAGAGAAUCGGUUUAUCGUAACUUUCACGUACAGUAAACGCCUUGAAACGUCUCCCCUACCGGUGUUUAACGACCAUGUUUACAUCCCCCUCACUUCCUUGGGAACUCAGCAUUUGUAAGAAGUAUAAAAGAGGAAGAGUGAGCGUAAAGUAUCCGACCACAAAGGGGGUAUUGCACCAAACUCAAGUCCUAACAGAAAGUAUUCAAGCCAUACUGUUCUUCGGUACCUAUAAUUGCAGAACAAUAGUUUAGUUUUGCUUUCAAUUUAUAGGAAAAUAAUAUGAGACACUUCCGUAAAAUAGUUUGACACUGGUGGUCACAGGGGCAAUAAAGUAAUUUAUUGAAUAUUUAGUCAUCAGAUCGUUUUCAGCAACGAGACACUCAUCGACCCAAAUGUUCAAGUUCAUAUCUAACCACAGAUAAGAAAACGCCGAGCUAUCUUGUCGGAAACGAGGCAAUUAUGAGUCAAUCCUUCCCGUUGAAUCAACAAUGUCUGUGGCUACAGCCGGCGCAGCUCCUGAUCCCAGCUGCUGUCGUCCCUCAACUUUCCCAGCUGUCUUUUGUUCAACCAGAGAAGCAAAGAGGCAGACUCGACAAGAGGGAGUCAUAUUUUAACCACCUACGCCUCUGUGUUGGGUCAGGGGAUUUUCUCCUUUUUGCACUUUUAGGAAAGAAGCCACUUUCUUUUAGGUGGAACUCCUUGAUGGUUUUGCUGGAGCGGAUGAAGCUCCUUGUGUCAUGUGUUAUCUUUAUAUUAAGUAAGAGCGAUAUAUAUGAGAUGCUUUUGUAUAUGUAUCAUAAAGUUUUACGUGAGUAACUUGUGUUUACUGUCAGUCCCGUUUCGUCAGACCCGCUGCGUCGCCGAGCUCCAAUUUCUGAGUCCGCGCUGCCUCAGAGAAAGAGAAAUGUUAACUGAUGAAAAUCCUCUGAAUGGUGAAUUUAACCAUAAUUGAAGGAACAUGAUGCUUUCUUAUUCACAGCUAAAACUGAUGAUAGGUCCAUCCUUUUAAUGCCAUAUCAAAGGUGGCACAUUGGGGAGUUCGAUUAAAGUUGUCACAUUACUUUAAUAGAAACCAAUAGAAUAUUAACAGCACUGCAGUGGUAUCCAGUGAAGAUCUUAGGGCUUAUGAUUCUAUUGAUUAUAGUAUUAAUAAAUACUGUUUGGAAAUACUACCCCAUUGUGACGAUACUGACAACAUGUGUUGAUAAUGAAAAUUAAUCGCAGAGCGGUUUGCCAACAAGUCGGCUCUAGCAUGCUCUUUAACUUUUGACCUUAAUUUCCAAUCCACGGCCAUGCAGCUCGUUCCCUCGCGCGACGCGCGCGCCCCCCCGCGUGGUGACACGUUGACAUGGAGAUGCACUGAGCAGCCGGUCGCGGAGCUCAACGACUCAUCAAGGUGUCUCAGGUGAACGAGUGAGGCGGGUAAAUUAUACAAUGAAAUAAAGUGAAGAAUCCCGUGUUUGUGCGCGCAAGGAGCGGCGUGGGCGUUUCGGCCCUCGGCGCUGUCUAACAGACGCAUGACUGGGCCUGAAGAAGGCAGCGGCCGCGACGCCGAUGACACGAGGUGACGCGCACGGCGUCAGGUGCGAGCUCAGUGCGGACAAGGGUCAGAUUUAGACAGCGAAUAGAGUUCAGAAAAAGUAUUUUGUUUGUUUUUUGGCCACAGACCUGAGAUCUGUUCGCUGCUUCGUGCAAACGAGAUGAGAAACGAUCACAGCCAUCAGGUACAUUUUCUACAGACACAUGUUUCUUUGACACCUGGCUCCGAAAACAUUUCUCUAAUUUAGAAAUCUUUGUCUCAGCCGUCACUUGGAUGUGUCCGAGAUACUGAGAAAUAUUUUUGUAUCCAGUUACCGAUUUAUCAAAUAUGCGUGGAACAAUGUAGGCGAACGCCGCUUUAAUGCCCUUUUUGUGCUUUUCUUUAGCUCGCUGCGAUACAUUAUUUAGCUUUUUAAGAUGAGUAAUAUUAGUUGGCUAUGUCCCUCAAGUUUUAAGAUCGUGUUGCAGAUGUUAUUAUUACCCUGAACGCCUGUAAGACACCAACCAGGGUUAACUUGUAGACGGAUUAGCGUUUGUGUUGGAAGCAAUUAAGCAUUUAAUGGCCGAGUCAUGUCGUUUAUAACCAAUAAAACAGUAGAGGUGACGAUUUGGCGAGUUAAUGGACGAAUACCUUCAUGUUUUAAUUUUAGGACAGGUAUGCAAUCUAACGAGGAUGCGACUUUAAUUGUUACAAAGAGCUUAUACAAAUAUUUGACUAACAUUAUCCCAGAAAAAAACCCUCAUUGAAAACGAUUAACAUGAAGUAUUACUUCGAUUCAAUCGUUUUACAGUAACCGAAUGAAUCCCCCUAUUUAAACGAUCAGAUUAAUUACAAAAUAAUGUGUAACGCGCUAAAUUAUGUUUAUCCUCUAAAACGUCUCAACCACUUGCAGACGUUUCAAUAAAAUAAAAUGAUUUUUUUUAAACAGUU